AUGGCGAUGUGGGGUCCGCAUUGCCGCUGCCGUCCUCUUGCUCCUGCACCGCCGUCGCCUUCCACUCACUCCACCGCUGCCACCGCAAAUGUCCGCUCCCUGCAUGGCGCCAACUUCCUGGUGUCUAGGCACCUGAAGCGUCGCCUGGGCGCGCCCACCCGCUCGGGGCCCUCGGCGUCGUCCACGUCGAGCAGCUCCUGCGAGUCCAUGGCCGACUCGGCGGAGUCGGCCGCCGCGCUCUUGCCUGCGCCGGCGCGGAAGCGGCGGGCGCGUGCGGAGGCGGUGCUUGAAGGGUGGGCCGCGCGGAUGGGCUUCGCGGCUGGGCCCGUGCGCCGGUGCGCCGCGACGGCCGCGGGCGCGCUCCGGGCGCUGGGCCGGGGCGUGGCCGCUGCCCGCGUCCCGCUCUGCGUUGCGAUGGCCGCGGCGCUCUGGGCCGAGAUCACGUCCGCCCCCGCCGCCGCGUGCAAGGGAGGGGAGGCCGCGCUGCUCCGGCGGCCGGAGGCCGCGGCGCACGUGCCAGCGAGGCUGGUGCUCACCGUGGCGUCGUGGAUGGCGCGCGCGGCGAGCCACCGGGCGCCGCCGCCGCCGUUCGCCGAGGCCGACGACGAGGAGGGCUGGGCCGAGUGCUCCUGACCAA